UAUAUCUAUGUCACAUACAAAUGAAUCAAGCUAUUUGCUUAAUCAACCAUUCUUUGCGUCACUAUGAUUCUGAGACGACUGUGCUCGAGCCGCGGAUGCCUUCGUUCGCGAUAAACCCUGUCGACUAUAUGCAGUAGCAGUACCAAUAAUGCAAGCUUCGAAUGGAGUAAUGAAGCUGGCUGGCUCAUAACAACGAGCUGGCAUAACAUGCUCGCCGGUCAACAAGUCAACCGCGCGUUGACCGGGGCGUUUCCACUCUGCAAAUGGGCCCGGCGUAGUGCCCUGUGAUUGCUGGCUCAGGUCGCUGAGCCAGGCGAAUGGCGUACAUUAGCUCAGGUUCCGCCGUGCGCGCGCCCGUUUUCGCGGCUGGUGUCAAGGUUGCAGGUUGGGCUGCGAGCUGAUGGCGCGCGGUCAGUCUCAAGCAAUGCCCGCCGUGCUCGCGCCCCUUCCCGCGGCUGGUGUCAAGCCCGCAGGGUAUGGAGCUAGCUGCUGGUGCUAGGGCUUGGAUUCGGUUAAGGCCCACCGUGCUCGCGCCCUUUCCCGCGGCUGGUGUCAAGCCCGCAGGUGGUGACGCGCUGUGUGCCUGGCCUACGUCCCAAGGCCCACUGUGCUCGCGCCCUUUCCCGCGGCUGGUGUCAAGCCCGCAGGUGGUGACGCGCCGUGUGCCUGGCCUACGCCCAAGGCCCACCGUGCUCGCGCCCUUUCCCGCGGCUGGUGUCAAGCCCGCAGGGAUGGAUGGUGGAGCGAGCUAAGACAUAUGCUACGGUGUUGGCGCAUGGUGUCCAUGACGGUGCUGCUUAGUGCUCAAGUGGCUGCUAUGGAUUGUGGAGGCCAGACCAUGCCUAGUCACUUGUGUGAAUCAGCUUGGAGGUAGGCUUCCCAGCUGCAAGGGACUUCGUCCCUGUGGUCUUCUGUGGGGCAGGGCAAGUGCAGGGCAGGGCGGGGCAAGUGCGGGGCAGGGCGGGGCAAGUGCGGGGCAGGGCGGGGCAAGUGUGGGGCAAGGCGGGGCAUGACCCCUGCGGUCUUGUAAUAGCUGUUGGAUGCCUACUGUGCCUCUCUCAUGGACGGGGCGGGGGCCGUAGCGUGGCUGCGGGACCAACAGCAGCAGGGUAAAGGGAGCAUAAGCCGCCUGGCCCACUCAUCUGCGUGGGGGGUUAACCGUCUGGCCCGGUAACCCGUUAAGGGGAGGGUUACCGGCCUGGCCCAGUUUCCUCGGGGGCCAGUUAGGGGCCCUCGCCGUUGAGUGAUCCCCUUCACCAGUUAGGGGGGGGGGGUUAGGGUCCAAAACACUGACGUAGGGGGGGGUUAGGGUCCAAAACCUGCGCGCCUUUGUCUAUAAUGCUUUCCAGCAGAGUAUUGCUGCGUAUGAAAACUGCGCUGCCAAAAGCUUGCAGUUGUAGCAGCGCUUACAAGCAACAACCAACGAGCAGCUUUUGCAUGCUAUAAUUUGGCGUUUCAAAUAGUUGUUUUGCAGAAAAUCCAUUGGAAUAUAGCAAGCACCUAUUCCUCCGUGAGCUAUGAGUUCUUGGCGAUUUGCAGACAGGUGCAUUGUCGGACAUUGUCGGACGGUGUAUGCAAGUAAUAGUAGGUGCUACAGUUUACCAAGUAUGCUGUAACAAGCGUAUAAUACUUUACUUAGUUCCAUUGUAUGGUUUGACCGGCGACUCUUGUAAGUCCAUCCGACC